AUGGGGGCCCCAUGGACACUCAUAUACGUCAUAGCACCGCUGCGAUCCGAUAUAGACACAGAUCUGGUGUCAUUCGGCAGCUGCAAGGUGUGGAGUUCCAGUACUGAGCGCUCAGGUCAGCGGGAUAUGUUAUCUUCAGCAACUGGAGCUGUGGAGGCUGUGUUAUUAGCAGUAACACAAACUAAAUGUUCCGUUAUCCUAUUCACAGAUGGUAUCUCAUCGACAACUGAUGUUUACUUGUUUGGCCAGAUGGUGGCGCCCUGGGGUUUGUCAGUGUUCACAGUGUCAACGGACGGCCAGGACGCUAACGGGACACUGACGCCGCUCUCUCAGGUGGUCAGCAAGGCUCAACAGGUGCGGCAGGCGUCAUGGUGCGUUACGGUGGUGGUGGUGAGUGACGACGUCGCCUGCCUUGCCGCCGUCGCCCAGUGGUCCCUCAAGAGCGGCCUCCUGGUGUGGUCGACGAGGCUCCUGGUCGCCACCCGCCUUCCCCUCCAUCACCUGCACGUCCUCCACAACACAUUCUCCAUCACCAACUCUAUGCUGCUGAUCACUGAUGACUUAUCACAUCCCAAUAAGGUCACCCUUUACAUCCACCUUCCAUACUGGUCCCAUGGAGCCCAGGCGCUGAAGAUAGGCUUCUGGACGCCCCACCGAGGCCUUGCUCUCACCACCAGCCUCCCGCUCUUCCCUGACAAGUUUGCCAAAUUUGAUCAUGGAGCAUCGCUGGUUGUGGCGGCCGAGGAAUACCAACCUCACACAGCUCUCACUCCAGGGAAGCCAGGGCUACCACUCUCCUUCACAGGACCCAUGGUCAACCUGCUCCACACGAUGGCUACGUCACUUAACUUCACGUACACCUUCGUGAGGCCUCCUGAUGGGUCAUGGGGCACCAUGAGGCCUGAUGGCUCUUGGUCUGGCAUGGUAGGCCUCGUGAAGGAGGAGAAAGCGGAUAUUGGUCUCGGACCAUUUGGCAUGAGCGCCAUGCGGGCUGAGGUGGUAGACUACACAAGAAUCAUAUUAAUUGACUACCUCAGGAUCCUAGCAGGUCGAGGGCGGCCAGAGGUGGACCCGUGGGGCUUCCUGCUUCCCCUGGCGCCCCUGGUGUGGGCGGCCAUGCUGACGGUGCUGAUGUUGCUGCUCGCCUUGGUGUUCCUCUUAUAUAAAUGUUAUACCUUGGAGGCUGAUGCCACCAGGAGAGGUUCAAGAGAUUUCUUCUUCAAAUACUUUCGAGUUCUGUUGCAACAAGACACUCUGGCGUCUGUGGUGUACUGGUGGUGGGACCGCUUUGUGUUGAUGAUGUGGAUGAUACUAAUGCUGGUGCUGUCACGGAGCUUCUCCGGCAACCUCAUGGCUCUCCUGGCCGUGAGAUACAUCCCUCAGCCCUUCCAGACCCUCCGAGAUGUGAUCGACUCCUCUGUUACAAUGAUAUGGGAAGCUGAUACGGUGUAUAUUCAGUACAUCAAUGUAUGUAAUGAGUCUGUCUGUUGGUGUAUUAUAGCAAUUUCGUAAUUCUU